AGCUCUGCAGGUGUCAGGAACCUUAGUUUGACUACGUGGCAGUUGCUGGUCCCUUUGUUCUCUGGAGGCUCCAGACUGGAAACAGUACUUGGAAAAAAAACCAAGCAUCCAGUGAACAACGAAGAAAGAGUGACUAUGGAAGAUUUAGUGAAUAUGUUUGAGAAGAAAGCUCUGCCUGAGAAGUAUGACCUUCUCCCUAAACAAAGCACAGAGGUGGAAGAAAUGACCUCUGGGCUUCUGGCAUCCACAUCCCAGGAAUCACUGGCAUUCAAGGAUGUGUCUAUGAACUUCACACAAGAUAAAUGGGGGCAUUUGGAUUCUGCUGAGAAAGGUCUGUAUAGAGAUGUGAUUCUGGAGAACUAUAGGAACCUGGCUUCAUUGGGACAUCCAGUUUCCAAGCCUGAUGUGAUUUCUCAGUUGGAGCGUGGGAAAGACCCCUGGAGCAAGAAAAAAAUUCCAAAAGGCAGCCACCUCGGUACUUCCCUGGCUAAGCACCAGUUUGUCUUGCCUAGAGUUUUCUGCCUGAUGGUAUGCUGCUUCUCACGAGUUGCCAAGUCUCAACUACUUUGAACAUUCUGCUCAUCUCCAGUUCUACCAAUCUCUCUACCUUGGAGAAUCUCCUCUAAAAGUGUGAGGAUCAUACUACUUUUGGUAAAUUUGGCUCAUGCCUCUGGUUAGAUUUUUCCAUCCUGCCAUUCAUUAUCGCCAUAGAUUCACAAUAGAUUAUAUAGGAUCUACUUCCUUUACCCAAAUUGAUGUGUAUGUGGGAGAAUGGGAAAGAAGGCUUUUGGUGAGAAUUCCAGCUCACCCUUCCUGUAAUAGCCAAUGAUGGCUUAUAACCUUCUCUUUAUGCUUUAUCUCUGUGCAAUUCUUCAUUCAAUCCUCUCAUUGGUACAGGCCUCUAACUUCCCCUUUGGAAUGGGGGGAAAACCCUUCAGGGUAAUUACAAUGCAAAUUUUACUUAGUGCCUACAGCAACAUCUGAGAAGAUGUCUUUGGUAAAGAGCAAUCCCAACAAUCCAAAAUGCAUUCCCUAUAUCCCCAGAUUAAUUUGUGUUUGUGGCACUAGAUUUCUAUUUGGUUUCCCAUCUCAAGUAUUUUUCUACUCUAAUCUGUUCUUCAGACAAUCAUCAAAGUGAUUUUGCUAAAAUAGAUCUGACAAUAUUCCUGUCUCCACCACACCUCCCCUCCCCCAUUCAAGAAACCCCAAUGGCUCCUUGUUCAUUCUGGGAUCAAAUAUAAAUUUCAUUAGUUGCCAUUUAAAGAUGGCACCCAAGAUACCCCCAAGCUACUUUUCUAACCUUAUUAUAUGUAUGUUUCUGUCCUUCCUGCAUUGUACAAUCCAACCACAUUGGCCUUCUUGCUCUUCUUCAUCCUUAUAAAAAAAAUCCCAAAUAUCCAAAUAUGAAGGAUAUUAUAAGGAAUUAAACAUGCAUUAAGAAGAACCAUGAAAAAAGAGCAUUUAUAGAAGAAACUUUCUGCUGAGUUGAAUUCAUAGACAAUUCACUUUUGCUUAAUGUUUUUUCAUUGUGUAUGAUGAUUGUUUUCAUGUAGAAAACACGACUCCUAAAGGAGCUAUUAUGUACACUAUUAUAAGCUAUUGUUUAUUGUAAUUUGUAUUUGUGUAUAUGUUUUGUAAUGUGUGUACAGUAGAGCAUGUACGUAAUUUAUAAAUAAAUUCAUAUAGAUGUGUAAA